CACUCCACUGUUCUGUUACUGACUGAGCCAGGAGAUAGCUGGACCUGGACCCUUUGUGAGUGAAUGAGACAACACGACACAGAGAGUAAGAUCACACACAAAGACUGACUCCAACAUCUUCCUGUCGCUAUUGUUGUAUGUCUCUUGCUGUCUUUCAGCAGCAGAGAGGGAACUAAGCUUGACAUACAGUACAGAGACAACACACCAGAUGGAGAAGAGUGGUGUUCCUGAGUGUCUCACCCACUCUGAGAUAUUGGGUCAGCUGAGAAGUGAGCUGUCCCAUUCAUCUGACUUACAUAUCUUCAUCAUAUUGGGAGCCUCAGGAGAUCUUGCCAAUAAGAAGAUCUAUCCUACUCUAUGGUGGCUGUUCAGAGAUGAGCUUCUCCCAGAAGAGACCCACUUUGUGGGCUUCGCUCGCUCCGAGCUGACCAUGGAGGACAUCAGGACAGCAUGUCUGCCACAUAUGAAGGUAGGUGAUGGGGAGAGUGAGCGCCUCGCUGCGUUCUUCAGUAGGAACUCUUACCUGAGCGGCAGGUAUGAUGAGGAGGACUCCUUCUCUGAGCUGAAUGCCCACCUGAGCUCCCUGACCACCAGCAAGGGGGCUGACCAUGCUAACUGUGUCUUCUACCUGGCACUGCCCCCCAGCGUCUACCAUCAUGUUAGCAAGAACAUCAGAGCCCACUGCAUGUGCCGCAAAGGUUGGAGCAGGGUGAAGUGGGAGAAGCCAUUUGGUCGUGACUUGCAGAGUUCUCAGGAGCUGUCGUCCCACUUCUCCUCCCUGUUCAGAGAAGACCAGAUCUACCGCAUAGACCACUACCUGGGCAAGGAGAUGGUGCAGAACCUCAUGGUCCUCAGGUUUGGGAACCGUAUCUUUGGUCCUAUCUGGAACAGGAACAGCGUGGCCUGUGUGGUUCUAACCUUUAAAGAACCAUUCGGUACACAGGGACGUGGAGGAUACUUUGAUGACUUUGGCAUCAUCCGUGAUGUCAUGCAGAACCACCUCCUCCAGAUGCUCUCUCUGGUUGCCAUGGAGAAGCCUGCCUCCACCAGCCCUGAUGAUGUGAGAGAUGAGAAGGUGAAGGUGUUGAAGUGCAUCGCCCCAGUGCCUCGGUCUGAUGUGGUGCUGGGUCAGUACAUAGGGGACCCUGAGGGGAAAGGCCAUGCCAGACUGGGUUACCUAGACGACCCCACCGUGCCCAACGGCUCCCGGACGCCUACCUUCGCCACGUCUGUGCUCUACGUACAGAAUGAGAGAUGGGAUGGUGAGGACCGACAGCCAUCUUGGAUUCUAGCAAACUCUUUUCCUAUUUUCCUCCUAUGUCCCUUAUCUAGACAUGCCACUCGAACGAGCGUAAGGCGGAGGCGUCUCACAGUUCACGGAUGUUCUCCAGGACAUUCUAUUAUGAGCAGCUGCCAGAGGAAUGAGCUGGUGGUUGAGUACAGGCCUGAUGAGGCCAUCUACCUCAAGAUGAUGACCAAGAAGCCUGGAGCCUACUUCAGCCCUGAGGAGACUGAAACUGGACCUUACCUACAGAGCAGAUAGAAUAGCAAGGACGUGAAGCUCCCUGAUGCAUAUGAACGUCUGAUUCUGGAUGUGUUCUGUGGGAAUCCGAUGCACUUUGUCCGCAGUGAUGAGCUGCGAGAAGCCUGGAGGAUCUUCACUCCCCUCCUCCAUCACAUAGAGGGAGAGAAAACACCUCCUAUCCCUUACACCUAUGGAAGUCGUGGACCAAAUGAAGCGGAUGAGCUCGUGAGGAGGGUGGGAUUCCGCUACGAGGGAACAUACAAGUGGGUCAACCCCCACACUGCAUGACACAAGAAACACACACCAAUUACACUGUGUGAAAGUUCCCUUGUGUUUGCUACUCUCGACUCUUUUGAGGUGCUUAUUUAACUCAUACUGCAUGAAAGAAAACGUUAUAUUCUGCAUUUCUCACAAUCCUGAUAUUCCCUCGUCUCUCCUAUUUGAGUUGGCAUGGUAUCAUACUGUACUGUAUGUGCCGUAGCCAACUUGUCAUUUGGGCACAUGUUUGGCAUGACAAUGAAGGAACACAGUGGAGUUGGUUAAAACACAAACCGAUCUGAACCACCAGGCGACAAAUCAGUAUUAUGAACAACACGCCUGAACCUGAUUAAUGCACGGUUUGAUUACAGCAUCACUAUCCAGAUUGAUUGUGACAAAAUAAAUCAUGAUCAUUUAUUGACUUCACUCUUUGAUUGUUUGAUUGACGAUGUAAAUUCCUGUGAGACUGUCAUCUAGAAGGCAUUGAGCACCCUGAAGGGAGGAGGUAAGGUAUAUGGCCCAGUUCUGAGCCUGCUGUCACUCCAUAGCCCACAGACUGUUACUGCUGGGAGGAAGCGGAAUGAAUGAAAGACCAAAAAUGUGUCAUUAUAUACAUUGGGUGCACUCGUUUUACAUCGCCUGGUUCCCCAGGUGGGUGAAAAUGUCACUAAGACAAAUGGAAUCGUCUAAAAAGUACAACGGGUGACACAAAACAAAUGUGCCCAAUGACAAUAGCUGAUUCAUAAAAUUGCAAUGUAUGCAAUGUAUGCUUGGAUCAACUUUGUCACUGGGGUUUUGAGAAGAGUUUGAGAAUGGUCUCAAUGUUCAAGAACAACAGGUUUGUCUUACUCUUCUAUACUCACGAGAUAAAAGUGUGUCUCUUGCUCUCUGGGAGUAAACGUCAGUUCUGUCAUAAACAAUAAAUGAUGUGUAAGCUCAAAAUUCUGCAUAAUAA